UGGUUAACUGUUGUGGCAGUUAUAACAACUUAAAUAUAUAUGCAUAUAUGUUUGUAUCAUAGCAGAAUAAAAUGUCCACUCUCAAAUAGACAGACAAGGUCGUGUCUAAAUGGUAACCCUAGAUUUGCGAAACUCUCGCACAUGCGCACUUGAUUCAGCACAGUAGCGGUUAAGGAGCUGCUUCAAAAUAUUCUUGUCUCUAUCAGCAGUUAUCGGCAAGACAGCAUCAUUUGUCCAACCACUGUUAAAAACAAUCAUGUUUUAUGAUGUGAAAUCGCUGUGGUUAGGGUCUGGUUAGCUUUAGGCACUUGGUUAGGGUUAGGGAAUAGUUAUGGUUUGGUUUAAGAUGAUCACUUGAAACGUGAUGUGGGUUCAAGUUACUGCAUCCUUAAAGUUUGGCAACCUUUGUCGUCAUAGCAACAAUAAAUACCAAGACAAUCAUAGUUGUGGAUUUUUAAAAAACUGUCCAAACUCGCGGUCGGAAGCGGGAAGCGAACUACAGUCUUCUGGAGCAAGUUACGAGCUAACCAGCCACCCAACCCAAAUCUCGCGAGAGUUUCACAAAUCUAGGGUUACCACCUAGACACAACCGAAUUUUCCUCGACUGUUCUCAGAUCAGUAGUAGUACGUGGUAGUGGGACGUUAGUUCAUUUUGCAUUUUCAACAAUGAUUUAUAAUGACAGCUGGCAGGGUCGCAGCACUGCCACAGACUGAGGUAACGCUAGUUAGUUAGUUACCGACGGUCCGGCUCAUUCAAACCUGGUAGCGGACAGUAAAUGCCGCUUGUCCGUCCUGUUAGGUAACAGUAAGUAGCACCAGCUUGCAGACAAGCGGAACAUUCACCUCACAUAAAGAAAAACCGCCUGCUGCUGCUUUCUUCUUCUUCUGUGGGGUUUUACAGCUGUUGGCGUCCUUCGUGUUGCACUACUGCCACCUUCUGGUUAUAGUCCUGUUGGACAAACAUGGCCUCCACUCCUCCGCACAACUUCUCCUGGGUUGAACCAGGCAAACUGGCUGGACUGGCGUUUCCCAGGAUGACUUCAGAGUACCAGUAUCUGCUGGACAACGGUAUCAAACAUCUGGUUUGCCUGUGCGAGAGGAAACCACCUUAUUAUGACACGUGUCCAGAACUACAGCUGCACCACAUCAAGAUAGCUGACUUCACUCCUCCUUCACCGGGUCAGAUUGACAGAUUCCUCUCUGUCGUGGAAGAAGCCAACUCCAAGGGGGAGGGUGUAGGAGUUCACUGCAUGCACGGCCAUGGGAGGACAGGGACCAUGCUGGCGUGCUACCUGGUGAAGACGAGGAAGAUAUCGGGGAUCGACGCCAUCAAUGAGAUCCGCAGACUACGGCGAGGCUCGAUCGAAACUCACGAACAAGAGAAAGCGGUGGUGCAGUUUUAUCAGCGCACGAAGUAGCUUUUACAGAGGCAGUAAGAUAACAGCUCUGCGUCUGUUACUGUAAUGAUUAUUACAGUUAACAAGCAUAAAAUAAGUGGAAGAAGUGCCUCAAUUAUAGUCCUACAUCAAACCUUUUAUUAUUUAGUGAUGGGAAAAUACAGUAAAGACUUUAAACAGGUGAUAAAACAACAAUAUAAAAUUUUACUAGGUCAAACAUUUCUAAAGACAAUAGUGACACAAGCUACCUUUUUACACUGAAUACUGUCAUCUUGCUAGCGCAUCAUCUGACAUGUUAUUUUUCUUUAUAUAGACAUGUCUGAGGUUUCUGUUUACAAGGCCUUGACCUUCAUUUAUGCACUGGACGCAAGAGAAAAGAGACGCUGUCGUUCCUUGAACGGGAGCUUUUCAGGGGCUGGCGCUCUCUUGAUUUUCUCCUCCUGGUUUCUGUAAAUAAACACUGGUAUUAGCAGAAAUACUUUGGUAUUUAUGGGGACAAAAACAAUAGCUUAUUCUGUUUUAAAAUAUAUUUAUAGAGUGUAGUCUGCAGCUUUAUUUUACUCAGGGAUUUCUUUCAGUCACUUUAAAAGUAAUUUAAAAAUAAAAAAAAUUACAUUACUAUACUGUAAUUGCUCACUGUUUUAGCUUGUUUUAAUAGUACACAAGUGUAUACUGACGUUUCAGUGACAUUAAGUCAUCACGAGAAGAAAUACUGCAUAAAAAUUUCAGUUGCUUGUUAGAUUUAAUUUCAAUAUCAUGCUUAAAGUGGCCAAAAAGUUCAAACUCACUCUUUUGAUGCCAUGUUGUUACCGUCUUGAGUCCGUCCAAUCGGUCUUUGAUCUGCCAAAAACAUUGAAAUGUUGCAAUUGAAAAUAAAAUACGAUGUCUGAUGAAGAGCACCGACA